CGUAAAUCUCUCUCUCUCUAACUAACCUUUAAACAGUAAAUACACAUAGCAGCAGCAGCAUCACUACCAAAAAAAAAAAAAAAAAAACCCAGACAUUUUCUGUAUUCAAUUUGCAAUUCAGUGGAAAGGUGAACGGAUCAUGUCACGUUUAAUCCAAGCUCGAUUGGCUCUCUCCAGAUUCUCGAGUGUUGCAUCAUCCAGAAAUGUGCGGCUUUUGUCAACUGAAUCCAAUAAAACAGAUGAGCCCUUUAAAGUUGAGGAAGCAGAAACAGUAAAUACGCCUCCACCACCAACGGAGAAGUUACUUGUGCUCGGUGGAAAUGGAUUUGUCGGCUCACAUGUGUGCAAAGAAGCUCUGGAUCGUGGUCUUACAGUUGCUAGUCUUAGCAGAACAGGAAGGUCGUCGAUACAAGAUUCGUGGGCUAACAGUGUGAUUUGGCAUCAAGGAAACCUAUUUUCAACUGAUUCAUGGAAGGAUGCACUCAAGGGAGUAACUUCUGUUAUUUCUUGUGUUGGUGGGUUCGGCUCUAACUCACACAUGUAUAAAAUCAAUGGGACAGCUAAUAUAAAUGCCAUCAGAGCUGCUUCAGAAGAAGGAGUUAAAAGAUUUGUUUACAUCUCCGCUGCAGACUUUGGUGUUGUAAAUUACGUAUUACAGGGUUAUUAUGAGGGGAAGAGAGCUGCUGAAACUGAGCUGCUAACAAGAUAUCCAUAUGGAGGAAUAAUUCUGAGGCCAGGAUUUAUCUAUGGAACCCGUCGUGUUGGGAGUAUGAAGUUACCCCUCGGUGUAGUUGGUUCUCCUCUAGAGAUGAUUCUGCAACGUGCAAAACCACUGAGUCAAAUACCCCUUGUUGGGCCACUGUUUACUCCUCCUGUGAACGUCACUGCGGUAGCUAGAGUUGCAGUCAGAGCGGCAACAGAUCCUGUAUUCCCUCCUGGUGUGAUUGAUGUUCAUGGAAUCUUACGCUACAGCCAGCAAAGAUCUGUAUAAGGUGAAUGAUUUCACCUGAAAAUAAUGAUACCAAAGGCGGAAUUCGUUUUUAAUCCUCAAACACCCACAAGUUCCAAUUUUCAAAUAUAUCCCGAUGGUAAAGUGUACUUUUUCCGAGAUAGAAUAGAUAUGGUUCCAUUCAAUAAAUAAACGGUGCUUCUGGAAUCAGUAUUUUCUUAAAUGUCAUUCGUCUGCUUGUGGCUAAAUAGGCAGCAGCCUGGCUGUUCUUUUGAUUGUAAGAAAAUGGACGCACUAAGUAUCGGUUUCCAUUUUUUCUUCUUACCUUCUCGCUUUAGUUUCAAGCAAAACAGCUCCAUCAACUUGUACUGGUGUGAAAGACUAGUUGAAUCUGUGCAAGUGGUUUACAAAUUUAGAAAUGACAAUGCAUUAUUUUAAUGUUGA